GCUAUGCUGUACGGCACUGAGUGUUGGGCGGCAAAGAAGACCCACGAGAACAAACUGCACGUGAACGAAAUGAAGAUGCUGCGAUGGUCGGCGGGUGUAACUAGGCUGGAUCGGAUUCGCAACGAAUACAUCAGGGGCUCCUUCAAAGUCGCACCCAUAGGUGAUAAGAUGGUAGAGAGGCGAAUGCGCUGGUUCGGGCACGUGAUGAGAAGGGAUGAAGAGUACCCAGUUAAAAAGGCUUUAGCAAUCCCGGAAAAGAGAAAAGGCGGAGGGCGCCCCCUAGCUACGUGGUGGACAACCGUAUCCAAAGACCUGGAACAGGCUCAGCUUGAAACGCAAACAACCCAGGACAGGCGAUCCUGGCACCUAAGGACGAGGAGAGUUGACCCCAAAUGA